UUCACAGCGGCACGCGAACGCAGCGCGGCCCUGGAGGCGUGGCUUGCGCGACCCACUCAGCAGCAGGUGCAACCGCGGCAGUCGGGACGUUGCUUUCCGCGUGUCGCCUCGAUUUAUUUUGCCACUUCACCGGAUAGUCAACACUUUCGCUGACUCGUCGGUUGUUCGGCAAGCAGCCGAGGUGGCGAAAUCACCCAAAAACGAAUUUAUUUUGAAGUUUGGGUUUUUUUUUUUUAGUCGUCUGAAAGACGUCGAGGCACCUGGACGAGCGUCCGCGCUCCUACGCCAGUGAACUCACGUUAUGGUUGUUUAGGAGUCAUGGGAGAUAUUUUUUGCUUUUGAUUUGUUUUUUAAGCAGCCCCGAUAAAGGCGGCAUCAUUUGUGGAAGCAUUAUGGAAGUUACUCAGCGAAAUGCAAACUUUUCGCCGCUGCUCGUCGCUUUGUUAGUGGCGUGCGCGCACGGCGUCUUCAUCGAGCCCCUCCGCGCCGUCACGUCUCAGCGCUCGCUGGCCGAGAGCGCCACUCGGCUGCCGUGUCGCUACCAGGGCGGCGUGGGCGAGAAAGUGGUCCAGGUGACUUGGUACAAGGAACUGCGUGACGGCACCAAGGACCAGAUCAUCACCGCCCACUUCUCGGAAGGACACACGGAGUUCGGACGCUACGCGGGUCGCGUGAGGUUCGAGAGCGACAAGCCCAUCGUCAACUCGGCUCUCCUCAUCCCCAACACAGAAGAAUCUGACGACGGCACGUACACUUGCCACAUUUCCACGUUCCCCAACGGAAACUUUGAGAGGCGCAUCACGCUGACCGUGUGGGUCCUUCCCAUCUCUUCGCUGGAGCCGGUGGUGCUGGCGGAGGGCCAGUCGUUCCGCGUGGCCGCCUCAUGCCGCGCCGUGGGCCGCCCGCCGCCCGCCCUCUCCUGGGACGCCGCCGUGCCGGGCCAGGUCCAGAACCGCACGAGCGAGGGGGGCUCGGUCUCCAGCUACUUCUCGCUGCACCCGCUGCGAAGCAUGAACGGGAAGCGGCUGGACUGCUUGGUGCAGCACCCGGGCCUGGAGCGCCCGCGGCGGAUCGCUAAUCAGCUGGUGGUGCACUAUCCCCCAGACGCCACCAUCACGGCCACGACGGACGACUGGUUCUCGGGUCUCGAGCGGGCGGCGCUCACCUGCGACUCCGCCGGCUUCCCCGCGCCCCAAAACUUCACCUGGACGUGGAGGGGCGGGGCCCUGCCGGACGGCGUCACGACGUCCGGAGCGCGUCUAAUCUUCGACCGGGCCCUGCGGCUGGACGACAGCGGCCUAUACCAGUGCGCCGUCGCCAACGAAGUGGGCGUGGCCAAGGCUGACUACUUGAUGACUGUGACUGCUUCUUUCCUCGCAGAGAAGUCCCAGCGCAAGGAGGCGGCGCCGUCCGACUCGUCCACGCUGAUCGUCAUCAUCGGCGCCUCGGCCGCGGCCGCCGUCCUGGUCAUGGCCGUCGUCGUCCUGCUGCUCGUGCGCCACCACAGACGCCGCAACAAAAAGCUAGAGAGGCAGCUUAGCGUCAAAACGGAGGAAAUCAACACUUUGACCCGCCAGGCUUCCUUUAGGAGGAUCAACUCUGUGGGCUCUGACCCACGAGCACAGUCCGAAGACUAUUCUCUGCUCAGAUCGGACAGCCGCAUGAAAAACAGCCAAGGGUCCCUGGAGCGACCCAACUACAAAGACAGCCAGUCCACUCUGGGCGGCAGGUGGGCGCCGAUGGGGGUGUCGGAGGGUCCGGGCCGCCCCGUCGCCUGGCACGACGAAAGCGACAACUGCGGGUUGGAAGCGGCCGAUUUGGAGACGGACGACACCAGGAGGAGGACCGACUCUUACCGGAAGAGCAGCAACAUGUCGCUGGUACUGGAUUCUGGUCUUCCGUCCUCCCUACUUCCUUUGAAAGUGCAUUCGGACGACGCGGUUGGACCGAGAUCCCCGUCGGAAGUCGGCGAGGUCUCUGUGCCCCCUCCGGAAGAGAAUUGGAGUCCGCCACCCCCGGCGGAGAGGCCGGAGGACGAGGAGGAUGGCGGCGAAUCGUACCAACUGUCCCAAGCGCUCACAAAUCACUUUUACUACAGCAACGGCGUGCUCCGACCCCGCCCCCACGCCAACGCCAUCCUUCUGCACCCUCACGGUCAGCUCAUAUAGACAAGUGAGGCAGGUCCACUCAAGGCGGGAUUGGUACUCUCACAGUUGCACAGGAUCCCGCAAAUCAGAUCAUUAGCGCCAACAAUUUCUACCGCAGGAACUUUAACCCACAAAACUUGGAACUUUUGAAAGACCAUCGUGUUAACAUUUUUCACUGGGGUCAUUUAUUGGGGGCCUUCUUGCUAUGUGGGGGUAGUACAGUACUAUGUAGAAGUCCAGAAACCGCGAGAAAAGUUGCUGUGACAGAAAAUCUGCCUUUUCCACCGGAAGAACUUUUAACUUGAUACUUUUGGACGACUAUUGUGAAGUAUGCUGUAAAUUUUGUUUCUGUUGGUUAUAAGGGUAGAAAAGGGUACUUUCGAGAGGUGCAAGAACCAGGAGAAUUGCCGCAUCGGAGCCAGAUCAGAAGAUCGAUCCUUUCCACCAAAGGAUCGUUACCCUAGAACUAGGAACCUUCAGAGGACCUAUCUAUGUUUGGAGCAAAUGUCUACAAAGUGUAAUUUAUCAGGGGCAAAAGAUGAACCUUUCGCAAAGUCCUGGAACUUUUUGGAAAACCGGUGCCAUUUCCAGUGUAGGACCUUUGUGAUCUAUUGUGUAAUUUAUCAUUACGAUCUAGAAAAAUUGCAGUGACAGAAGAUCUGGUAUUUCACCCCGGAACUAAGAACUUGGGCUGUUGUGUGGUUCCACUGUAGGAACUAUUCCAUUCAUUCAUUUAGUCUUUUGGAUCAUUUGGCAGACCAGAAGAAGACCCUGCCUGGUGGGAUUGUGAUUUUCAAAGGUCCAGAAACCUUUGGAAAACUGCCGUGACAGGGGAUCCCGUAUUAGUUCUCAGAAUAACUUUUUUCCCUUUUGGUGGACCACAGAAUUUUUGACUUAAGUCACAAAAAGCUCGAUUGAGGAAUACUGGGAAAACUGCAUUUCCACUGUAGGAAGAUCAGCACUGGAACGUGCAAGUUUUGGAAGACCAUUGAGCGUUUGCACUUACAGGAGUUCGUGAACAAAUUCAGUUCUGAUCAUUUAUCGUGGCCCCAAAACAAAAGGAUAGUCCACCUGUUAUUUUAUUGGAACUUUUUAAGUUUCAGGAUCUGCAUCUACCAAUAAGUAAAGGUUCCUAGAACUUGUCUUCCGUGGAAAACAGUUGUCGUACGGCGACGGUUCCCUUCAACAUAACAGGAUGUGAAAAGAAACGGAUGGGCGUUAACCCGAUACGACCUCAGAACCGGAAAAUUUCCGGAUCGACUUUAUGAUCCUAUUACCUAUCAGUGCCUUUCGCUUUUGUAUUAUUAGUAUUUUGACCUAGAGAAUUCCAUGGUUACUGUUUACAUUGUUUCUGAGCUACAUGUAUGAAAUGCAGAUGGUGGGAGGGGGGUGGGGUCAAGUGGAGACCGGGCCAAAGCUUGAGUUUCAUAGCACAGUGUUGAUACCUUUCAUUGCGUUACGUGCAACAACUCGAACCGUUUACUUGUAAAUGUUUAUUCAUCAAAGCACAGCAUCAUCAUCUUAAAAAGAAUUCUUGAAUUGUGACGUUUUUUUUACGUAGAUCAAACAUUUUUGUCAGGCAACGUUUGACGAAAUUUGUUUCAAACUACGCUAAGCUAGCCACGCUCAAGAAGCCAUGCCUGAAAAACACGGCAAAUCUAUAAUUUGGGUUUGAAGCAGAACUUUUUAGGGGGUCCUGGACAGACAUUCUUUACACAAGUGCUUCGUUAAAUUUGUUGUGUUUAAGCGUUUUGUAGACUUGCCCGGGAAUUCAAUCUGACGGAGAAACUUUAUUGGCUGUUGACUACGUAUUACGUCACAAGACACACAACAUGGCUAAAAAUGAAAACUGGCUUUCGGACUACAGGAAGGUGACGCAGAACGUCUCUUGAUCCGUCACCAAAUGCGAGAACUAGCUACAACUUGGCACAUGCGCCGAAACGAUGCGCAGUAAUGGCUUCUUUGUACUCCCCUUGUGCGGCGAGCGCGCUGACAUCACUCCGGGCGUAGUUCGCCUUUAAGAAAAAUGGCGUCGGCCGUAGACAGACGCUAAAAAUGUUCUAAUUUUUCAAGUAAAUGCAGUGUGGCGGCAGUUGCAGCUCUCGUCAAAAUAAAGUAGUACAAUAUUCUAAGUUCGCUCGUAUUGGAGUCCAAAAAGUUUUGAUUUGCUUUUCCAUCUGACCACAAAUUUAUGGGGACUCCUACUAAUCAUGUACUACUACGCUCAGAUAAUAACUCUUAACAUGUUUUUUUUCUUUAAAAUUUUGCAACUGCUUCAUUUUGUUUCACUUCACUCGAGCAGUGGAAGUCUGAAGCGCACUGGGAACUUGUGCCAGGCGAUAUGGCCGAAAUUUGAGAUCACAUUUUUUUUUCCUCCUUAAUGACCAUAUUCCAUGAGAUUUAUGUUGUAUUCAAAUUAAUAAUCCAUAAAACCGGAAUAGAGCAAACUGAUUUACACUGUAAAACCAGAAGGUUUAUUUAGCAAUUAUUAUCUAAAAAAUAAAUUGGUAUCCCCUGCAGGAAUUUCAAUAUAUUCAAAAAUGAGUUAUGCACCGGAAUGAAACUUACCCUACAAAAACGAGAAACUUUAGGGCAAAAAAAACUCAAACGCCAGAAUAUAUUAUCCAUUUAUGGCUAUAACGUCAGAAAGUCACUUCCAGAACAAUUUGUGUGAAAUUCCAGUUUGAACAUGUCAAGAAAAUUACCGCGGAACAGUGAUUGCGAUAUAUUAUGUAACAGAAUAAUUCUGCAUACUGUUAAAUUGUGCAACUACAUUUGUAAUCAAAUAUUAUGAGUUCCAUAUUUGUCAUUUGAACUUAUUUUUAGGCUUUGGUUAUUUUGUGGGCGUCUGUCACGUAAUCGUGAGGCGGCUCCUGAACACGGCCAAGAAACCAAGACGGCGGCACGUGACGUCAUGCGGAACAGAUGCGAUGCAGCUAUUGUAAAUAAAUCAACUUUAAAAAAAUAAAACACAAGACUGAUUCUUGAGAAUGCCACACAAUUCGGACAAAAAUGUUUGCUCAGACGGCAACCCCGGGCAUUUUGUGUUUAAUAUCGGCGAUCGCUUAAGCAACCAAGCUAGCUACCGGUUGCUAAAGUAAAUAUUAUCAUAACAUUUUGUACACAUUGUGCAGACGGGAUUUGUUUCCAAAUGACAGAUGUGCCCUUUACUUGCUAGUCACCAGCAUCUCCUCCAAGUUAUUGGCGGAAGUCUGACAGAAUAGCGAAAAUUACGGAGAAUAAAAUUUUUUUUUUUUUUUUUUCCUUCCUUUGAGCAUUAAUAAAAUGUUGAUUAUAUCGAGCUUCUCGAGAUAUCGCCCAGCACUACUCAGGCCGCGAUUCAUUGCUCACAAUUCAUAGCAAACCAAAUCGUCCGAGUGAUUCCUCAUGUCUCGAAAUAUGUUUAAAUUGGCGCACUAGUGUGUCUGUCGUAAUUUUCAGUUUUUAGCAAAUUUGAAGAACUUGUACUCAACCCAUGACCUCUAAAUUUGAUUUUACGUCAUUGCGUGUGGGCGGAGCGAUGUGGCAAAGUUGAUUUUUGUUGUACUAAAUGAUGUAUUUGUGGAAAUUUCCGG